CUAACAUAAGUGCGUUUCGGGAGGACGGUUUGAGAGGUUGUGGAUGAGAACGAGGCGUAGUGUACUUCGCUAACCCGCCCACUUCCAGCUCACUUCACCGGCUCGGUUGGGUACCGGAUGCCCCAGCACAAGCACCGACGAGCGGCUUGCUUUCCCGGAAUCACGCUGUCAACUUUUCGUUCAAAGACAUGGAUUUCUGGCACCGGCGAACGGAUUGAAAAACUUUUGACACUUCUCACCGGACUUUGAUCUGCUCCCAAUAAGCCAUUUGAGCGAGUUUUUUUUUUUUGGAGCGCGUUACGUGAGGGGGAUAUGCAGAAGUUUAAUGCCCACGGGAGCAGCACGCUGCCCCGACUAGCUGACAGUGACGGGGACGGAGAGGGGAAGGAGAACGGUGCUGGGAAGCAUUUCCUCAGCAAGCCCGUGGAGGAGGAGGAGGAAGACAGCUCCAUCUGCACCAAAAGGAAGAUGCUCGUCGGCUUGGAUGUAAUAUGUUUGUGUGUCGCCUCCAUCCCAUUCUUUGCGUGCGAGCUGAAGGCAGUGACGCCGUACAGACGAGGUUUCUUCUGCGGGGACACCAGCAUAACGUAUCCCUACGUGGAGAGAGAGGCUAUCCCAGAUGGCCUGCUCAUCGCUGGUGGAAUAGCCAUCACCGGCCUCACGAUCGCACUUGGCGAAUGUUACCGGGUGCGUUUCCGAGGCAUACGCUCAAAGUCGUUUGUCGGCAACCGCUAUGUGUCAUGCCUGUACAAAGAGCUGGGGAGCUUCCUCUUUGGUUGCUGCGUGGGUCAGUCGCUCACCAACAUGGCCAAGCUAAGCGUGGGACGCCUGCGACCUAACUUCCUGUCUGUCUGUAAUAUCACUUACGCGUCCAUCAACUGCGCGCCGGGCAGCUACGUGUCCCAGGUGACCUGCCGGCAGCCCAACCACAAGAUGGUCGAGGAGGCGAGGAAGUCCUUUUUUUCGGGCCAUGCGUCCUUCGCCAUGUACACCAUGCUCUAUCUGGCAUUUUACCUGCAGGCUCGCUUGUCAUGGCGGGGAGCUCGACUGCUGCGCCCGCUCUUACAGUUCAUCUUGGUGAUGAUCGCCAUCUACACCGGGCUGAGCCGCAUCUCGGAUUACCGCCACCACCCAACUGACGUCCUCACGGGCUUUAUCCAAGGAGGACUCACUGCAUACUGGGUGGCCUUCUACAUCUCCUCCAUGUUUAAGCCUUGCACCCGUCCGGACCUGUCUCCCACUAGAAUGUCCUCGGAAAGUCCUCUUUCUAGCCAGCAGACUAUGUGUUAACCACGUGAUGGCUCCCGAGAGAGACACGACCAAUGUCAUCGAGCAUCUGCGAGAAGCUGGGAGAGGAACGUUUCUUUUUUGCUCAAGAAAGGGAAACAUUCCGAAAAGAUGAACGAUGUUGACGGAGUACAAUCUAACACACUGACACACUCACACAAUCAGUCAAACGGCAGCGAUGUGACCUGCUCGCACUCGUGAAACACAAGAAGCACAUGACUUAAAAGUCAAACCCGUCCAGUGAGAAUUGUGUAGUGAUUUUAAAAAAAAAAUAUUCAAAUAAGAGUUUUUUUAAAGUAUAUUUUUCCAGAUGAUUAUUAGAAGCUGCUAAUAUAGGUAGUUAAUCAGUUGUUUUAGUCUGUGGCGGAGGUCAAGUGCGCUCAGUCAGCCAUUCAAGCCGAGCUUUGGAAGCUUUGCAGUCUCUUCCUCAAAGAUUGUGCUCGGCUGCUGUGAAAUGAUGCCACGAGGCCUCAGAUGUAAAGAGACACUAAACACUAGCUGAUGAGAAACAAGCACUGGCCUUGAAGUCUUUUUAAUUUUUUUUUAACUUGUCUGAUUCUCCACUACAGGCUGCCCCACCCACUAAAUGACCACACUAACUAAAAAUGAUAUACUGUAUAUUGUUUUAUGUACUAACCACUUUGUGUCUCCGAGGCGGAGGUUUGACUGAAUUUCCGCAACUUUUGCAUCCAGACUCGGCCUCUGAGCUGCACCUUGAUUUGUGUGAAUUUAUUAGGAGCACUUGAACGUACAUAACAGAACCUUAUAAUUAUUAUAAUCCAUGUUCUCCAUUUUAUGACAAGUAAAAAUGUUUAUGUCAGGCUCACUUUAGUUUGUAUGAAGAUGUUUUAGGGCCACAUUGAAAGUGAGCGAUAUACUACUAGUAUUACAACAAAAAAAACCCCUAAAAAGUAAGAAUUUGAAAAAUAAAGUUUUGUAACAUUACAAGUUUGAACAUAUUGUACUUGUGUAUAGCUGAGGACUGCUGAGGAUGUCAAGUUACACUUGAAAAGAGGUUUCAGAAUGAAAUGUUUUGGCACAUUACGACCACGACCACUUUAUUCCUGAAAAUUAAGUUAUUUUUCUUUAAAAGAAAAAAAAAGGAAGUUUUUUUUUUCUUUUUGUUGUAAGAGUAUAAAACUUUGUUCUUGUAAAUUUUCUUCGUCCCCCUUUUCAUUGUGGCCUUAAGAGACUCAUUUGUGGUUUUGCCUUUUGGUUCUCCUGUGAAAUGUUAAUUAUUCCGAUUGAUUGUAAAUAGUCGGUGUCAUUUUAUAAACCACACAAUUUCACAAGUGUUAAUUUGUGUGACAAUGUCGUUUCCUUGACAUGUAUGUACAUUGAUCAGGUACGGAGAUAUUUGUGUGUUGUAACAACUAGACUGAGCCAUAGAUUAUCAGAAAGCUAUUGUUAUUAUUAUUGUGUGCCCACAUAUCCGCGUUUGUUUUCGUCUGUGAAGCCCAGAAAGGCACAAAUAACCACUGUACUCUGAAAAAGAAACCAAACCAAUAAAAUGAAUGUUGAACACGUUGA